CAGACCGAUCGAACGAACGGAGGAUCCGAAGUAGAUCCGUCCCCCAAAACUGUACUCACCGGCGAGGGACCAUAACGUGCGCUAUGUCUGUGCGCGUCAUCGGGCCAGUGCUUCGUGUCGCGGUAUCGAAAAAAUCGCACGAGUUUUUACGGGUUCCCUUGUAGUUGGCGGCAGGGACGCGGGGCGAAACGAACAGACGAAAAAAAGAUGGCCGCCGAGCGGCUGCCAUGAAGGGGCUGUGUCGCUCGUGCUCGUGGAAAUGGGACGUUGCGACAUCCAAGUGUCACCGUAGGCGCUCGCGAAGUGUCACAAAGUGUUCCGUAGGUGACGUGAAGUGUUUUUUAGUGUCGGUGGUUCGUUGGCAUCGUCAGGGUGGAUUGAUUUUCCCGUGAUGGCAUCCGACGGUAGAAUGGAAUGGGUGGAAAUUAUAGAACCUCGCACAAAGGAGCAUAUGUAUGCAAAUCUCACGACUGGAGAAUGUGUAUGGGAUCCUCCACCUGGUGUACCAGUGAAAAAAACAGAUAACAAUCAGUGGUGGGAAUUGUUCGAUCAAAACACUUCACGGUUUUACUAUUACAAUGCAACCUCCCAAAAAACUGUUUGGCACCGUCCGAGCGAUUGUGACAUCAUACCAUUAGCAAAACUCCAGACAUUAAAGCAGAACACAGAGCCACCCAGCAGUAGUGGAAUCGAUACACAAAAGUCAGCCGAGCCAAGAAAGAAAGAAUCUGUAUCCACACAGACACAAACCCCUUCCGUUAGCCGUUCAACAAGGUUCAGUCAUCAAGAAAGUUCCAAUUUAUCUUCUUCGUUGCAAAGUGGUAGUGUAAAUAAAACACGAAUAUCUGGUGUCGGUGUGGAUCUCCAGACGUCACCACCUUCGCCAUCUCCGUCUACAAGGCGUCAUCAUCACCAUCACCACCAUCAUAACAACAGGCACCAUAGGCACCAUGAAGUGCCCACCACACGACGCCAACAUAAUCAUUCUCAGGACUCUGGACGUUCCAGUGACAGUUCGGUCUCCCACAGUCGAACGUCUUUGGAGUCGACUGGUUACCGUCUGUUGGACUCUCCGCACCGUCAUCAUCAUCGUUCCGCCGUCCAAACACCGGCGAAUCAAGCACAAUCCUCGCCCAGACAGCACAGCGGCACGUUAGAGGCUAGGGGUCACAAGAGCGGAACUUUGGAGAGCGUGAAGAAUCAGAAGUCUGUGCCAUUGGGUGAACCGCCUCCAUUAGGUCUAUCACUUUCGACUAGUACUCCUCUGUUCAAGAAGAAGACGUUCGUCGACGCGCAACGCGAGGUUCGGGCCGGGAAUUUAGAAUUGGAAAAGAAUAAAAAUGGUAGAGAAAGUAGUAGGGGUUCUUAUGGUCCUGAGCCGAGUACUUCACCAUAUCGUGAUUCGCUGAUGGAAUCUAGAAUAUUCAGGCAAGAGAUGCCUCCGUACCGUCCGCCUGAAGUUCAUGAACGAGUAAAUAGUUUGGACAAAACAAACACGUCAGCCUUUUAUCCAAGUUCCAUGCAUUCGCGUAAUAUGAAUAAGCAAGAUAAUACCGGUAGUAUAGGAAGACGGCAUCACGGAUGCUCGGUGUCCCUUUCCGAAGCGAACGUUAGAGAUAUGUACGGCGCCAUGCUGGCGGAAAGGAACGAACCGUCGAAGAGCCUCGUGAGGGGCACCGCGGUUCUAACUAAUGCAUCGAAGCAGAAAAGCCUUGAGAUCGCGGAAAGAGAGAGAGAACGUGAACGUGACAGGGAAAAGGAGUAUAGAAGAAAUACAGCGUGCAAUAAUUCUUUGGAUUGUGUGCCACAACCGUUGGCCCGCAGUUACAGUUUUGUACAGCAACAGAAGCAGCAGCAGAAGAUGCAGCAGAUGCAUCAGCAACAGUCACGAAGACGGGACAGGGACGACGAUUCUAUGCACGAGCGUUAUUUAAUAAGUCAAAGUCACGAGCAGCCUAGGCAAAGGCUUAGCAGCAACACUAGCAGUAGCAAUAGUAGUAACAGUAGCAGUAAUAGCGCGGUAGGGGAGGAGACGGAGGGGCUCACGGAGGGGGACGAAAGUAAGAAGAAGAGGAGCAACGGUAACCCGAGUCCGCCACCGUCACCGUUCUACGGGAAUCCAUUAUCCGACGCAGAUUACUUGUUACCGCUUCAACAUUAUAUUCUUCAGCAAGCAAAACUCUCAGGUUGUUACAAGUUCGGAGACCCUUUAUUAGCAGAAGAAGGUGAUGAUUCCUUGGACGAAGAGGGCGGAAGAGGUGAGGGUAUUGGGGGGAGAGCCGAUGACGAUUCUGACGAUCAGUUUGCAGAUGACGAGGCAGCCAGUAACCAGGGUGAUUCUUCCAGCCAAGAGUACCUCGAAGAUCAUUAUGCGGACUUGGGCAAUUACGACACCGCAGGCUUAGCGACUUACUACAACACAGCGGACACUCUGACCAGGCCACAGGUACGUCCGCCAUCGCCACCGAUCACCGUGCCCCAGACCGAAAUACGGGACAUCGUGACCACCACCAGACAAGUGACCGUUCCAACGUCCACGAUAAGCUCGAUUCCCGCGAUCGGCACCAUCAGGGUCGACAACAUCGACACCGAAGAGGCCAGGCGAAACGACAGCGCGGGCGGCGGCGACAUCGAGAAAUACGCGCAGGACAACCUGAACCUGAACUGCGGCCGCCCGAAGGGGCUACGGUUGCUGUUUCGGAAAAAGUUCAGCGUCCGUGACAUUCUCAGCUGGUCGAAGGACCCGAUACCGCAGCCGAUGCUGGUGGUCGUGGACGGUGAAAAGUUACUGAAACGGGACGCCUGCAACCUGUUCCGUUUGGUGCAAGUGUACAUGGGUGAUCGGAAAACGAACGUGGGAAUGACGCUGGACAGUGUGGCCAUGGACAUUGUGAACACCGCGUUCUCGAAGCCCCCGUUACGGGACGAAUUGUACGUUCAGAUCUGUCGACAGACCACCGAGAAUCCUCGGAAGGAAAGCCUGCGAAGGGGUUGGGAGUUAAUGGCGGUAUGCCUGGCGUUCGUGCCGCCCAGCGCAACGUUCGAGCCUUACCUCGAGGGCUACAUGAACCGACAUCGCGAUCCGAACUUUCAAUUCCCCGAGGUGGCCAAAUGGCCGAUCCACGUGCAGGUCAGCCACUACGCGACCGUUGCCUGUCGGCGUCUCCAACGAAUUGGCGCGCAUGGCAAGCGACAGCCUCGAAAGGCCACCAUAGAGGAUAUCGAUCAAGCUAGGAUCCAGAUAUUCCGGGCGUCCAUGUUCGGAGCAACGUUAUCGGAAGUGAUGGCUCUGCAGAGAGACAGAUUCCCGAAUCGAGAGUUACCAUGGAUACAGACCACGUUGACGCGACAAGUGCUCGCCCGCGGUGGUAUUCUGACUGAGGGUAUAUUCAGGGUAUCCGCGGACGCGGACGAGGUGAGCGCGUUAAAGGCGUGUUUGGAUAGGUUCGAAGACGGCACGAUUCUGGCAGUUUCGCAGGACGCUCACGCGCCUGCUUCACUGUUGAAACUAUGGGUACGCGAGCUAUACGAACCUCUGAUACCUGAUUCCUUUUACACGGAGUGCGUGUCGAUGAGACACGACGACGCCGAGGUCUCCGCGGCAAAUGUCGCCGGGCUUGUGGAUCGAUUGCCUGACCUAAAUCGUCGGGUUCUUUGUCACCUGAUACGGUUUCUACAGAUAUUCGCGAGACCAGAGGUGGUAGCCCGUACCAAAAUGGACGCGAACAACUUGGCGAUGGUGAUGGCCCCGAAUAUACUGCGUUGCACCUCCCAGGAUCCCCGUGUGAUCCUGGAGAACGCACGAAAAGAAAUGGCUUUUGUUCGUACUCUUAUCGAGUCAUUAGAAACCGCUUGGGUCGAUGAUCUUCACUGACCUCAUUCUAUUGCGCUAGAAGAAAAUGAACGCUCUAGACUACUAUGCCAAAUGAAAAAAUCAGCUGUAUAUUCAUAAGUAUCGUUAGUUAUUUCACUAUUUCUCGAUUAUCUUUCACGCCUUCGUUUCGUUUUUUUACUUUUCUUUUUUGGUCAUUGUCACCACUUCCCUGGCUCCCCUUCGAAAUAGUCCCGUGAAUGUUCUUAAAUGGUAAUUUAGUGGCUAAAGUCUUACCAAGCUAAUCAACGGAGCACCCCCCUCCUCUUCCCCUCCGCUCGUUCCCCUAUUUAUUAUUUAUAUUGCAAAUUAUAUGUUAUACAGAUAGAGAUUAUUAGAUUAUAUUAUGUAUAUCACUUAUAUAUCAUAUUAUAUAUAUAUUUUACCAACCCCCUUGUUACCGCGUUGCGACGAGAAACGCGGACGGCUUUUUUACUCGAUUAUUGUUGAAUCUCGUGUAAGAUAAAAAAAAAAACGAAAAAAGAAACAAACUGGAAAUCAUGUGUUACCGUGUAUAGCUGCACAUCUCCGCGAUUGAAUCUUUUUUGUAUAAGCGACGAAUAUGACCACCGUGUACAACGUUUAUCGAGAGGAGUAAACAUAUUGCAGAAGAUUAGCAAGCUGUACAAAGUGUGCGUGUAUGUGUAAUUCUUUUUCCUAACGGCAGCCUUCUGAACGCUUUAUAACCUCUCAACGAGACAGAUCGUAUAAUAUUCUUUCCAAUUCGUUAACCACACGACGCAGUGUCUUGUGCUGUAUUGGAUACCAAAAUUUAUAUAUUUUACACACGAAGAUACUUAUGAAAAAAAAAAGAAAUCCUACUAUUUACGUUUUUUUUUUUUAACAAUAUGCAGUUACACAAGGUGGUUUUACAGCUGCUCUCUCUUGUUUUCUCCUGAUCUGUACAAUAUAUUUUUCGUUUGCGCCACGAGAGUUACCAGUAAAAUUAUCGUUAUUUAAAUAUAUAAUAUUUAAAAUUAUACAAAACAAAAUAUCACAAACGAUGGGAUCGCCAUUAUGCCACGCGAUGGACCGAUGCUUCUUUUCUUUUCCUUUCUUCUUUUAUAUGUAAAUAUCGUAUAAAAAUUAGUAUUACCGAUUCUUGUGUCGGAAACUCGAUGGUAUAUAAAUCACUCGCAACAUAUCUGCCUUCUAGACACUACACUAGCAUUAUCUAGUUACACCUAUAUAAUUUUAUAUACAAGAUGUACAAAGUAAAAUUGAUUACACUAAUACUGCUGCAGAUUACGCGCCCGAUUUCGUACGUUACCACUUUCGUUAAUAUUAAUAUAUAUUCAUAAUUGAACACGCUUUUCUCUCCUCCCUAGGGGAGGUCACGAAUUCGUUUCCGGUUCGAGUGAAAUCCGGAAUUUUGUAAAAUAACAUAUUUUUUUUUUCUCUAGCAGAUAGCACACACAUCUUACCGAUAAUUUUUGUUGUACGAAAAAGCUUUUUGU